AUGUCUGAAAUUGAGCAGUUAACUUAAUAGAAGUAAGAGAUUGAGAAAAAUCAAGCUAUUUUAAAUUAAUGGGUUUAAUUAAAGAAAAAUUUAUCAUCUAAAUUCAAAAAUGCUGCAGAAGCUUUUAAAUCAUUAUGCAAAGAAGAGUAGGAUGUUUUAGCCAUUGAAGAUUUUGGAGAUUAUGCUAAAGGAUUAGAUUUGUAAGAUUAUUGAACUAUAUUUAAAUAGAACUUAAGUAUUUAAAGAUAUUACAUUAAAUGAUGAAAACUUUUCUAAAGUUUGGGAAUAAUGGGAAUACAAAUAAAAAUAAAAUGAUCAUAAAUUAUAAAUCAUUAAUGAGAAACUUUAAUUGUUGACUAUGUUAGAUAAUGGAGAGAUGCCUAAAGAAGGUUUAAGAGGAUUAGAUGCAGCACCAAAUAAAAGAGUAUAGGCAAUAGCAAAUAAUUGUGAAACAUUAGAAAAAUUAUAAGAGAAAUUAGAUAAUUUAGUAAAUGAAGGAUAAAAGUAAAAAGAAAAAUAAGAUAUUGUUCAAAAUGAAUAAGAUUUGUUUGCACAAUUACUAGCUAAGAAAUCUGAAAUCAAAUAAUCAGAACUUUAAGUUAAUAAAUUACAAUAAAAAAAUAAUGAAGAAGAAGAAGGUACUAAUCAAUCUAAAGUUAAACGAAGUUAUAUUGAUUCAACUCCAGCAUAUUCUAGAAAUAAGGCUUCUUUUGGAAGUAGUGGUAAUUUACUUCAAAGGAGUCUUUAAAAUAAAGGUUAAUUAGGAAAUAGUCAAAUAUCCCUUAAAUCAUCCUUUAUAAUUGAAUCUUAGAUAUAAAUAUCUCCUCAAAAAGCAACUUAAAAUUUAAAAAAUUAUGUUCCUAAUCCUUAAUAAUAAUUAAAAUCCCCAUAUGAAGAAAGGUAGAUAAUAGAAGAAAGAAAAUCUUAAAAAGCUAACAGAAUGAAAGGUGAUCUUCAAUCCUACAUAUCAGAUCUAUUUUAAAAUGAAAGAGAAUAAAGAUAGUAAAUAAGAACAUUUGAUAAACCAAAUUCACAAGGUUUAGCUGGUUUCGUUACAUCUAAGAGAUUAUAUUAGAAUGCAUCAAAUAAAUAAUCAUUUGUGGAUACUGAUUCUUAGAAUGUAUCGAAUAGAGUUUAAUCUAUAAGGUAUUAUUGAAUAAUAUAAUAGAUAUAAAUUGGAUGACUUUUAAUCAUAAAAAUUAGCCUAAUAUAGUUAUGUUCCAAGAACAGUGCCAGACUGGACUCCUGAUAGACAAGUGAGAUUAUCAAAUCCAAAACCAAAAUAGAAUAGUGGGAAAUAAACUAGUCCUAAAUAUACUCCUGGAAAUACUCAUAGAUUAAAUUUAAAUUAUUUGAAAUAAGAAAAGGAAAAAGAUUCACAUGAAUAAAAAUAGGAGGAAUAGCCAUCAGCUAAUUGUUGA